AUGGCGUUUCUACACCUGGCCACCCUGUGGUGGAUCAUUUCUGCCAUAUCUGCUCAGAAUCUUGAUCCUGGUAAAAGCCUUGCCCUUCGAGGUCGAGCAGCACAGUCUUCCACCUACUCCGGCUACUCCAAUGCCAUAAAUGCCAUCGACGGGAACCCAGAUUCUAACUUCAACCGCGGCUCAUGUUCCUGUACUCAACCCGACUUAUCCCCAUGGUGGAGGGUGGACCUACUGGCAUCGCAUAAAAUCUUCUAUGUCGUGAUCACCAACAGAGGGGACUGCUGCGGGGAGAGACUGGACGGGGCCCACAUCCUUAUCGGGAACUCUUUGGAAAACAAUGGGAACAAUAAUCCAAGGUGCGCAGAAAUUUCCCGCAUACCCAACGGCGCCACUCAAACCUUCCAGUGUAAUGGCAUGGUUGGCCGAUAUGUGAACAUCGUCCUGCCCAAGAAACAGACCUAUCUCCAGCUCUGCGAGGUCCAGGUGUUUGGGGAUCCUGACUCCUCCUCGCCUCUGUGCUAUUAA